AUGGGAGGUACCACGAUGGCUGCUCGAGCGGCAAAGGGGGCGGUGAUCGCCGUUACUCUGCUGCAGAUGAAGGGGGCCGACGGUUACAUGCCGCAUCACCAGCAGAUUCAUGACGUGCAGCAGGACUUUCGCAACCCUGCCAUUUGCAGGGGCGUCAACCCGCUCAAUCAACGCUUGGGGAGUAAGGUCGCGGUUCCCAUGGCAGGUUCCCUCCAGGCUGCUUCUACUAUUGCCGCAGGCAGCAGCGCCAAUGAUGCCGGUCUCGGGUCAGGUGAGGCCUGCGGCUCCGAGGACGCGGAGUGUGACGGCGAUGACAUGGACGAGAUGACCUUCUCGGUGCUGUGCUGGAUCUGCACGUUCUUCUUCUGGUGUAUGGUCGCGCGGACGAUCAUCGACGCCGCCGUGUACGUCGCGGGAUCGGCAACGGCCCUGUUCGUGGUUAAGGGCUAAGGGCGGGCGGGCGCGCUCUGAGAGGCCUGGCACCGGCGGCGACGAUGCUUGACCAUAUCGCCUCGCCGGCCCAGGGCAGCGGCGCUCCGGCCACCACCAACAGCACAACGGAGGAGGAGGAGGAGGAGGAAGCCACGUCCCCAGUCCCCAGGCCGUUCGCGCGUCAUAUUCUCCAACACCGACCGCUUCGAGGCCCAACGCGCACGACGAGAGCAUGGACGACGUCCGUCCUCGACGCAAACAAGAGCCUGUAAAACACAUCGCAGACCUCCCCGGAGGGGGCCAAAAAUAUGACCGCCGUAGGAGUAGCGACUUUACUGUGGGGUCGCUUCUAUAUAAACAGCAGUGGUGUCGAACGAUUCCCGGUGCAACAGCAGUGCUUCUAGUGGAGUUUGCACGGAAACAAUUUAUUGUCUGAGUUCAUGUUCUGGAGGAAGGAGUUGUUGAUAUUAUAGGCAUUACUUUCAGUGCCACCAAUGAAAUUCCAUGUAUUUUCGUGAGUGCUUUCGUCAACGAUUGUUAAUGGUGUCAGGAACACACGACAUUGUCGCUUUGUUCUACUGUGUGGAGGCACGUUUGGUUGCCGCAUCGAGUUGUUUCACCCCACGUGCCGUUCCGACAUUCCGGCCGUUUUGGUUUGUGAGUGGCAGAUCGAAGCCCUUCGCCCCGGCCGAAGUUCCUGCGUAAUUUAAAACUAUUGACUGGGGUAUCUGCACAUGGCAAGUCACGAUAGGUGAGGAUUGCGCAGGUCAGCAGGUAGCAGGAGGUACAGUAGAUGAGCAGUGCAGAGGGCUUUGCGACAAGCAGGAGGUAUAAAUGACCAGGACGCGAGGGGGUAGGGAUGGGACGGGGUAGUUUCAUGCUUCGAGCAGCAUUAUUAUAAUCGUACCGGCGCCCUCGUGAUGUGCUCGGAUGACGAACGACAACAUGCCGAUCCGUUUGCCUCUUGAAAACGUCGUCGCGAUAGGCGGGGACGCGGGGACACUAUCGGCGAAUGGGCAGCAGAGGAGCGCAACUCACCAUGGAAGAUGAUGCCUUCGUUAUUGGGGUCAACUUGGAUAAGUAGUAUCGAUUUUCUCCAAGUAUUUCGGGAACUCUUGGAGGGCUGUAGGCAAGCCGAGUGCUGUGUUGGCACCGUGAGCCGUUGGUCUGUUCGCUUGUGAGUAUGUCCCACGUUUAGUCGCAAAGAUGGGUGCAGCAGUGCCGACCUGUUCUUAACAAAGGUCUACUAUUUUCAGCAAGGCAAAGCCUUACAAUCAUUUCAGCACGGGAUAUUCAUCUAAGCAGCUGCAAGUAGGUUAUUGCGACGCCGGCGGCUAAGCCCAAUUUCUUGCGCCAUAAACUUUUGUCCUUGCGGUAUUCAAGUUUCUGAGCCUCGAUUUCUUGUGAAGAUGACAAACUGCUUUUUAUGAGC